AUGAACUCGCAAGAUACACUUGCUUAUACCGAGCUACCUGCUCAAGCUUAUAUGGCUAGAAUUUCCAAUCGUCCUGCAUUAGCUGCUGUCAAUGGCAUGGUUUCAUCAUUUCCACUCUUUAAGAUCUUUACUUCAAAUGCAUUACCAAUACUAGUAGCAAGAGAAGAUAAGAAUACUAGAUUGGCUAAGGAGGAAGAGUUGGAAACAGAUCAUUUGGAGGCUUAUAGAGAAUUCAGAAGGCAACAAAAGUGA